AAUGCUAUUGAGAGCAAAGACCUCAAAAAGUAUGGCCCUUUUGACCCUUAUAUCAAUGCCAAGAACAAUGACAAUGAGACGGCCUUGCACUGUGCAGCACAGUAUGGUCACUCAGAUGUUGUAAAAGUCCUUCUUGAGGAGCUCACAGAUCCUACAAUGAGAAACAACAAAUUUGAAACUCCGUUGGACUUGGCCGCAUUAUAUGGGAGGCUGGAGGUGGUGAAAAUGCUGUUAAAUGCCCACCCAAACCUGUUGAGCUGUAACACCAAGAAACACACGCCCCUUCACUUGGCAGCAAGAAAUGGGCAAAAAGCAGUAGUAGAAGUCCUUUUGGAAGCAGGGAUGGACAUCAACUAUCAGACAGAGAAAGGCAGUGCACUUCAUGAGGCUGCUUUGUUUGGGAAGACUGAUGUGGUCCAGAUACUCCUAGCAUCUGAAAUUGAUGUUAAUAUUAAAGAUAUCCAAGGAAAGUCUGCACUGGAAAUUGUACGGGAGCAUCCAGCUCAGAAAAGCAAAGAGAUAGCAACUCUUAUUCAAGAUCAUAUGGCAGGAAAAGAGAUCCUGAAGAACACAGAAAGUACUGUUGUAUUGUCCAAAAUACCACCAAUUCAUAUUGUUGAGCAGUGUAAUCAAAAAUCUAAGGGUGAGGAACAAAUGGAAUUAACAAAACUUAUUACAGAAUUUGAAAGCCAGCCAGAUGAGGAAUGUCCAUAUGAGGCUUUGUGCAAUGCUACUUCACACUCUAUAGAAAGCUUGAGAGCAUCUGACAAAGAAACCAGUUCAAGUCAAGAAUUAAUCCAG